CGGCUCAUUGCGAACCGCGGUAUCUUUAGUUAUUACUUAUUACCGGUAGUCUGCCUUAUCAAGUGUUUAAUCUAUUUCAACUUCAUAUUGACUUUUUGGUUCAUCACAGUUCUCACGACUGAGUACAGUAAUUAUUUAAAUACUACUUUCGCUUUGUACAAGUAGUAUACAAGUUAAGGCAAAAUCUGUUAGAGCGAUUACAAUGGAAUCUGAAAGUAUUCUAAAAGAUUUAAAUGAACUAUUACCAACAUCUAUUCGUCAGGAAGUCGCCUGUUUUUGUUUUUAUGAUGAUCAUCCCAGAGAUUCGCGAAAAAUAGAUAUCGUUGUAUGUACAAAACGUGGAGAAGUUAUGGAGUUUCAUCAAAGAGAACUUGUCUCGUCUUUUUUCUUAGAAAACACAUCGGACAUCAACGAUAUAAUCAUUCUCCGCAAUGAAAAUUGUGAUUUAUUUUAUUUCGUACAUAGCAACUCCCAAAUAAUAAUUUUAUCUGUGAAAGAAGAAAUGAACAUACAUAUUUUAAUAAGUAAUGUAGAAAGAUAUGAAUUUCUCGAUAUGGACUUCUCGGGCUUGCCAUGUUUAAAGGUCAUACGAAAAGAAGACGCCGUGCCCUUUAUCUAUGACUGUAACUUUAAGCUUCUUGGACCAGUUAAAGUCGAAAAACUAGAAUUUGAAACUUUUCCUAUUAUGUCACAACUUGCAAGAAAACUCACUGAAGCAAAAUACAAUGUCAAACAGAAUCAAGCCACCCUAGAUGAGUAUAUCAAAAUUAAACAAACUGCAGCUCAUUGCUUGUAUCAAAGAAAUAGUCCAAAUACUGAUGAAUCCUUUUUUACAUUAGGAUCAACCUCAAUACCGAAGGUGUUAAGUAUACAAACACAAAAACCACUGGUGAAGGGUUGUAAUAAAAAAAUUACUGUUAUUGUUAACAUAAAAAAUGAAAAUAAUGUACCCAUAGAGAAUAUACACAUCCUCUUUCACGGUACAGACAACAAAACCAUUACAUACACAACAAAAGUGUAUGAAGAAUCAAGCACAAUUUGGAAAGAAAUAACAAAUACAAUGAAUAGUAAUCAAGAAUGUUAUGUUGUUGCUGUAUUAGAUAUGAGAGAAUUAAAAUAUGGUGUGUUUAGUAAAAUUGAAUUUGAAGCAGUGUUGUCAUUUACAAAACUUGGUACUAGUUAUGUGUUGCCAUUAGAAAAUGUUUCAAUAUCUGUUAUGGAGAUAAUGGGGGAGGAUUUUGAAUUGCUAAUGAGUAAUGAAGAUAGCAAAUUGAAGGUAUUAGGUCUCAUGGCUACUUCUGAGAAAAUGGAACUUAUUUUAAGACAUGUAGAUCCGGAAGAACAGGGUGUAAAUAUUCUUGAAAUUCUUUGUAAAUACUUAAAUAUGGAAGCCCUGGAUAAUGUGGAUAAUGUCUUAGUCCAUAAGAAAUCUCCCACUCAUAUACUUCAUGGCUUGACAUUAGUUCUGAUGGAAGAUAAUAAGAUGGGUAGUUUUAAAAUAGAUGUUUAUUCAAGGUCAACCGCACAAGUACUGGCACUCAUCAUCUACAUGUAUGACAGGAUUCCACACAGAAUAAUGGCAACCCUGCCAGACCAUAUUGUAUCUGCUAAAACCAGUGAUUUAGCCCGCUUCAAUAGCAACACUGAAAUGGUAAUUGACACCAAGAACUAUGCGUCAAGCUUAUUAAAUAUAUCGAAUCAAAUAUUGGAAUAUUUCGAUGAGUGUAUGAUAAAAAUGAAUAAUAGUACAGAACCAGAGAUAAAAGCUCAAAUUGGACAACAAAUUCGUUUUUUGUCUGUGGGGUUGCCAGAGUUUUUGAAGUUCCGAAACAAAGUUUUAGAAGAAAGUUCGAUUGGAGUACAGACAAUAAAAAUGGAGACAUUUUCAGAAGAUAUGUCGGUUGAGUCUUUAGAUGUUUAAAAUGGUUAAAGCCUGUGCUUAAUUUAAGUGGUCAUUGGUACUUAAAGUGCCAAAAUACAUAGUAAGAAAUGUGAUAUUAAUUACCUCUAAAAAAAAGAGUACAAAUUCUAAUGAACAAUGCUAAAGAAGUUAGCGCUAAGUAUCGAGUCUGAAACUGAAAUAAUAUAAUAAUUGUUUGUUAUCGACUUGAAUAGCAAUGAUCUGCCCAGAAUCGUGUCUCGUAUAUUAAUCGUGAAAAAAAAGUGAAAUUAUUUUGGUUAUUAUUUAAUUUAAAAGUUUGUUUUGUAUUAUAAAUAAGACAAAUUUUUAAUAUAUAAGGGAAAAAUAACUUACGUUGUAUCAGAAUAACUAUAAAAACGCCACAAUCAUUGUAUACAGGGAUUGUGGUAGGUUCCAAUAAUAUCACAUAGAUGGCAGUGUUAAAAACUCUUGUAUCCGAAAUUUAAAGUCAUAAUUUUUAUGUCGCAGUAAACUAGUUAAAUCAGAGUUACUUGAAUCUCUAGACAGUUAAUUAAUUGUCGAUAUUCUAUCAAGUUGCUAGCAUUUUGAUUUACAUAAAGCAGCGUCGAAAACGUUUAACUAUCUGUCUGACCGAAAGCCAGCGUGUUGAUUAACAAUGCAAACAAUGCAACAAGCCUCCGCCAUGAUUAUUUAAUUUGUUAUUGUUAUAUCGGCGUGAUCUUGAAGAACUGAAAGCUUGGGUAUUCCGUGUUUUGCUUUAUUGUAAAUGGUUAGGUUAGGUUAAUCUUGUUGCCUAGGAACGGUUGGGAAACUCGUUAAACGUUUCGUUCACUCACUUGUCUGACGGAACUUUAGCGACUUGAUUAAAUAUCGAUUUUUAAUUAACUGUCUAGAGAUUUAAUUAACUCUAUGAUAACUACUUUACUGCUACAUUUAUAUUACACUUCCUAAGGAAAUACGUCAUAUCACUAGAUGAGACAGGCGUCGCCGCCGAAAGAGGAUGAUUUUCUUUUUGGCUCAUGACAAAAAGUUUUUAUAUGUGCGCUACGAUACUGGCCAUUUAUCAUUGAAUAAAAAUGGAAAUGGUACAGGUCCUAAAAAAGAAACUAAUACUAAUGCAUGUUCUUUUUCUUCAUUUUUUAAAAAUUCAUAGUGUACAGAUGUCAGUUGCUGUGAAAUCACAAACAAUUCAAUUUUCUUAAAGGUCUGUAUUAUAUUUGUCUACAAUUUUACAGUCAAAUUUAUUUCCCAAUCAAUUAUUGUUUUACAUUAUAGAUGGCGUUGUUAGCUAGUUUGCAUGCAUUGAU